AUGCCACUUUCUGCUGGGGGGGCUAAAUUGACCGGGCCAGACAGGUCCACCAGCCAAACAAGGGCUGUCACUGUCAGUCUAGCUCUGACGCCAGCACCAGCACCAGCACCAAAAAACCUGCACCAACACCAGCAUCCGGCAUCAUCACAGACUGGUUUGUUCUUCUUUCUCUCUUUCUCUUGUGGUUGUUGUUUCUGGUGCAGGGCCCAAUGCUGGAGCUUGGGACACUUGGGGUUUAGGAGACAGACACAUCACACUGACCUCGACACUGACACUGGACGGCGGCACCGACAGCGGCGACGAACUCGUCGAGAAGGAAAUCGGAAUCGCGCAUUGAUGCCGUCGAAUGUCGAAGCGAUGCGAGGUGAGGCGAUGCGAUGCGAUGGAAAGUAUCCGUUCGUGUACUCUUGCCCUAUUCCUUUUUUGCCUUUUGUCUGCUUCUAUCCUCCAUUCUAG